GCCAGAAGAUCAACGACGAUUUAACUGUUUUCCUGGACAAGCCUCUCGGUAAAGGUGCAUUUGGAGCAGUCUUCAAAGGCAGCUACAGGGGCGAGAUAUGUGCAGUCAAAGUGCUGCUUCACGAUGCUAUGGAGAUGCAGGCAAGUAUUCCAGUCAGCAAAGACGAAGAAGCUAGCGAUGCAAUUGAUCGUGAGAGUGAUUUUCUCAAGUCGUUCCAGCACCCAAAUGUUGUUCAGUUUUUGUCGACUGCCAAGCACCCCAAAUCAGGUGGUACAAUCCUCGUUGUUGAGCUGAUGGAUUGCAAUCUGAGAUCCUAUUUCUCCGGCCUUGAUGAAGAGUCCCUCACUAGCGAAUAUGAAAUUAGCCUCUCCAAAGACAUGGCUUGUGGUCUGGCCUACAUUCACAGCAAGCAGAUUAUCCAUCGUGACCUCUGUGGUGAUAACGUCUUGCUGAAGCUUACACGACCAGUGCCUGUCGCAAAGAUAUCCGACUUUGGCAUGUCACGGCUAUACGAUCCCUCCAAGCUUAGCCACACCCUCACAGCCAUUGGUCACCGUAUGGGGUAUCUACCUCUCGAGGCUAUUCGAUUGGACAAGGAUAAUUAUGAUAAUAGCUUGGAUGUGUUCUCUCUUGGGGCGAUUAUGAUGCAGAUUGUUCGCAAGCUGAAGACGAUCAAAUCUGUGGAAGAUCGAUCAUUCCAUGUUGCCCAGAUACCUCACACACACAGGUUGAGGAAGCUUAUCGACAGUUGUUUGCAAGAAGACAUGAGGAGGAGACCAUCUGCCAGGGACAUCUAUACUUACCUGACAACAAGCUCGGACACAGUGGAGGCAACAAAGAGGGAGUCAAAGGACACUCAACCAGUCAAGAAGGCUCACAGGGAACAAAUUAAGCACAAAGAUGCUGAGCUGGUCAGGAGAGACGCCAUCAUUCAACAGCAGAGACAGGGUCCCCCUCCCAGAGAGUUGAGACCUCCACUCACUCUGAAAUGGAGAAGAGGAAAAGACAUGCCAAUCAAGAUGGGCUACUCGGUACAGAGUGUUGUUAUCGGUGACACGGUGUAUGUUGGUGGAUGUAGUGCAGGCAAUCAUCGUGACAUGUGUACAGUAAUGAAGCUCGAGCAAGAUCAAUGGACCAAACUACCAGAGUACACUGCCAAGUACUUUGCUAUGACAUCACUCGCUAAUCGACUAGUGAUGGUGGGAGGAGUUGAUCCAAGAAACAACAAUUGCACAAAUCAACUUGCUGGGUUUGAGUUAAGGAAAUGGACUCAUCCGUACCCACCAAUGAACAUUGCUCGUCUUUGCUCAACAGCUGUUUCUUUCAACAACCACAUCAUUGUAGCCGGUGGGUGUGAUGAUAAAGGAUAUACCUCCUCUGUGGAGGUGUUGGACGUGGCAUCAAGAAGAUGGUACAUUGCUCAGUCACUACCUAACCCACGAUCAUCACUGAAAUCGACUCUCAUAGGAAACACCCUCUACCUAAUGGGAGGGGUGGAUCACACUGACAUGACAACCAAGACAGUGCACCACGUCGACCUCAAUGAACUCAUUGCAAAAUCCCUUUCCAACCUGGACACACCCACUCUCUGGCAGACCUUACAGAAAGUACCACUCGUGCGGUCAGCUCCUCUCAGUAUUGGGAGGUCACUAUUAGCCGUUGGUGGAGCGGAUGACAGAGGCAACCCAAGUUCAUCGAUCCACGUCUACCAGCCUGACACCAGGAGGUGGGUGAAAGUGGGAGACCUGCCUACCUCUGCGCACUUAAGGCCCGGGUCCAGAUUUUAACACCAAAAUUUACACUAUGUUCAUACUGCUGUAUUAUUUGCAAUAUACAGUGUAUGCUGCAUCAAAAUGAUCCAAAAUGAAGCUCAAUGUUUUCUUUUUCCAAAAAACUAAUUAGCUUAAUUCAAUUAUGCUAAUUAGUCCCAUAAAUGAUGAUGACGUCAUGCCACUUUCAGAAAGAGAAGUGCAAAUACGGCGUUGAAGAUGCCAAGAUCAAGCUUCAAAAACAAGGCUAGAUGAACAUCUCAUAGCUAGGUACUAGUAUCCUUGAUGGGAAGAGUAGGAGUUAUUGUAUUCUUGAGAUACACAAAAUAGCCUACCUCUAGGGUGGCUGUCAGAGCUAAAGAAGCUAGCAUAGCUAAGAAAGUUUUGGACAUUUUUACUUCCCAUCAAGGAAACAUAAUCAUAACAACAUAAUCUAUCUUUUGAGGGCCUAAACAGCUACUCUUACCUUGUUUAAGUCCGCCGUAUUUGUUGCCAAAGAUAAUCUAUAAUAGUUCUAGCAGCUAGCUAAGCAAAUACAUUGACCUUAUGACGUCAUGUGCAAUGAAUAACAUUAAUAAACAUUAUGAAUCUCAUUAACACUA